AUGGCUGGCUACCCGGAGGAAGCGCCCAAAGUCGGGCAGGCGCAGGAGCUGUGCUGGGAGAAGCACGACCAUUACCUGCGACACCUGGACGACGACAAGGAGUCCCUGGAGUACAUGAUGACGGAGCACCUGCGCAUGGGCGGGGUCUACUGGGGCGUCAGCGCUAUGGCGCUGCUGCGGCGCUUGGACGACCAGAGGAGAACCGACCUCAUCGAGUGGAUCCUCAGGUGUCGGGACCCGAAGACCCCGGGGGGCUUCGGGCCCAACGUGGGCCACGACGCCGACAUCACGGCCACCCACUAUGCCCUGCUGGUGAUGUGCAUCUUCGAUGCGGUGGACCGGCUGGACACUGAAGGCCUGGUCGCCUUUAUCUCCGGCCUGCAGCAGCCGGACGGCUCAUUUGCGGGGGACCGCUGGGGGGAGGUGGAUGUGCGGUUCGCCUACUGCGCCCUGUCCUCGCUGACGAUUCUGGACGCCCUGGACCGCGUGGACGUGGACGCCUGCGUGGCCUGGAUCCUGCGAUGCCAGAACUACGAGGGCUCCUUUGGGCCCGUGCCCCGGGCAGAAUCCCACGCCGCCUACGUCUUUUGCGCCGUGCAGGCGCUGGCGCUGGUGGAUGCUCUCCAUGCGGUGGACCUGGACCGCCUGGGCUGGUGGCUCUGCGAGCGCCAGACGGUCAGCGGCGGCUUCAACGGCCGACCCGAGAAGGCGCCGGACGUGUGCUACAGCUGGUGGAUCCUGUCUGCCCUGGUGACCAUCGACCGGGCCCACUGGAUCGAUUUGGAGAAGCUGGCGGGGUCGCUCAGAGGCCUUCAAGCCCCGAAGGAACCCGGGAGGACAAAAAAGGAGCUUCGCUGUGGAAGUUCAGCCACACGGGCUUAG